AACUGUGUGGACCCACAGGGAACACAGCCCAGGCAGCUGGUUGGUCAAGUCAGUGACGUCUGGGAGGCUCCGAGCCGGUCGGCUGCUUGUGGCGCAGGUGGAGCGAUACGUCAAAGUAACAGAGUGUAAUGGAUCCAAAAUGACAUUUAAGAGCAACAAGCAAGAAGGUUAUUUUUAUCCAUAUUCAUUUAUAUUUCGAUGAGAACAAAAGCUAGCUCCCUGCAGAGACGGUGGGAACCAGAGAAAUCACAGACAGAGAGGAUCUAUUCUGGGGCCGGCAUGGGGGGAAUGCUUGGAGCAAUCAAAGCUGAAACGCUGCACGAGAGGGUGAACGAGGUCACGCGGAGAGCGACUCGAUUCAGGCAGAUUCACAUCCACAUGUGAAUCGUACCCAGAGACCAAGGCUGACUGUACCGUGCUGCUGCAGCCAGGCUUCAUUCUGGAGGGAAAGGCCCCAGUCGAAUCCAGCAGGGGGGAUGGAGGAGGUAGGGAGGCCAGGUCCAAUAGCCCCAGCCCUGCUACUCUGCUUCUGACCCAGGGAGAGAGUCCAGGACCAUGGCAGAGCGAGAGCCUGCUGGCAGAGUCCUGGUCCACAAUGGGCGACCUGGACCCAGAGGACACCAAAAGCCUGGACAGCAGCAACGAGGCGGCCGUGGCCAGCGAGGAGAACCACUCCUCCAACUCUGACAUGGUCCACCUGGAGCAGGAGGAGGUGGAGAUGCUGGAUGAGGAGGGGAACGUUGGGAGAGCAGAGGAAGAGGAGGAGGACGAGGAGCUGCAGACGAGCGUGCUGAGUGUGUUGGGUGGGGAGAGGGAGCUGGUGGAGCUCAGGGAAGAGGAGGAGGAGGAGGAGGAGGAAGAGGACUUCCAGGACCCAGACAUGGAGGAGGAGCCUUUCCUGGUGCCUACAGAGUUCAGGCGGUCAGUUCCUGCGAUGAGCUUACCUCCUCUGCCUGUCGUCAAACUGGACCCCCCCUCCACCACAUCCACCCCAGUCCCCUCCACCACAGAGUCUGAAGUGGAGGAGCUUUAUCCCGCUCAGGGGCUCCUCCCUCCAUCCAUCCUCACACCCAUGGCAGCAGAACCUGUCAGUGAAAGCCUUGAGCAACUACAUUUUUCACAGGUCCCUCUCUCCGAUGUGGAGGAACAUUCAGUUAAAGCCAGUGAAGCCGCAUCGGGGAAGGAGAGGCCUCUGGGCUCCACGGAGCUGCUGUGUGGAGGAGCCCUGCUGGUGGCUGUUGUUGGAGUGGUGGCGUACGGGGCUGUGGCCUACUGCAGGAAGUAGGCGCCUCUUCUCCAAUCAGUCAUCGGCUCAUCCUCUCGUCUUUUGUGAUUUCAAAUUUAUUCCAGAUGAAAUCUUCCGCUUAGAUCUGUGAAUAUAGGAUUUGCUCUUUUGACUCUCAUGCAGUUACUAUUGCACAUUAAUCUGAUUCGUUUCCUACCUCAGCUCACGGCUUUAAUGUAGGCUUUAAACCAAAACUGCUAAAUCAUGAAAUGAAAACUGUAAAUUGAAAAAAAAAACGGU